AUGAGUUUGUGGCAAAGACUUGAUUCCUUUGUUAAGGUUGAGGGAAGUGAACGGCUGAGUAUCCAGGCCAGGUUUCUACUGGAUGGUGGAGGAGGUUCAGAACUAGAGUUCCUGGAUACUCAUCUUAUACUUCCUCCUCCACAGGAGAACUGUCUGCCUGUAAGGUUGGGUGCGGGCCCAGGAUGGAUUGCAGGGGCGUGUCUACUAGGUCUAGGCGUGGCUAGCCUGGUAGUAUCUGUAGCUAUAGUGAAGUCAAGGAGUGGAAGAGGGAGCGGGAUGGGUAGAAGGAUAAGACGCAGGUUUAUGCCAAGGAAUAAUACAGACGGCACUGUAGUACAGUACGUUGUUCCAGCUGAGGUGCCCUCUGACCUCAAGGUGUACAUAUCAACCUCAGACGGCCUCCAACCUGCCCCGGCAUUACAUGAGAAAUUGGGGAGUCCGGCCGAGGAGAAAACAAAAGAUCGUCUAACAGCCGACGAUCUUGUGACCGGGAUUACAAACCACGGUUAUAUAUCGGAGGACGAGGUUGGGAGACCGGAGGACAAGAUAAACGAAGUUCCAGGAGGUUCUGGAGGAUUAAUCUUGGGACAAUUAUCAUUAAAGGAUGACGAGGAACAGGGUUCUCCGAGUAUUUUAUCCAAUAAUAAUCAUGUUAAACUUGAUUUAUACUCAACAGGAGCUAUUCCAAAGAAAAAACUGGAGACCUGAAUGGUUUCUUUUGAACGAUAUUAAAUGUAUUACCAAAGUUACUAAGUUAGUGCUAUAUGUACAUUGUACAUGAAAAACAUUGAAAAUUCAUUCUGUAACCAGUAAUUUGAUAAUUUGUGAUUUAUCAGGAUUUGUAUUUUGUUUGUUUAUAAACGGCUCUUCAUAAACCCCCCUGUUUGAAAACCAGUGUAUAUGUGUAAAGAAAUUUCGUAUAAACAUUCUACUAAAUCGAUGAAGUAUUAUUUGUGUAAAAAAAAAUUUUAUCACAAUUUUUUAUUACAAUUCAUUUCAACAUUAACAAGUACAUCUUUUACAUACAUGGUUAUCCACAAUGUUCUGAGACUUCGGAGACAACUUUACAGAAUCUAAACUGUCUGUUUGCUCAGGGGAGGAAGUCCAGCCACAACUUUUAGUCUGAUAUAUUUUGCUGUUUAUUUUAUAUCGCAAAGAUUAGCCAUUACGGAGGCAGAAGAGAUUUAAGUUUUACCUAAAUAAAGUGUGACAUCAUUCAA